GCGUUGGGUCCAGCAGCUGCAGGACUUUCCCUCAGUGAGGCUCCGAGUCUCUGAUGAUGAAGAUGAGGCUGCUGCUCUUCCUCUGCGGGGUCCUCCGGGUCUCUGCUCAAGUUCUCCAUGAGGACCUUCAUAUCCUUGGCUGUUCAGACUCUGAUGGAGAGGACAUGUAUACUCUGGAUGGAGAAGAGUUGUGGGUCGCUGACUUCAAGCAGGAGAAAGGAGUUUAUCCUCAGCCUCCUUUCAUUGAUCCUAUCACCUACGUGGAAGGAACUUAUGACACAGCUGUGGCUAAUCAACAGGUCUGCAGAAUAAACCUGGGUAACAGUCGUAAAGCCAUGAAGGAAAUUCCUCUGGAAAAAGAUCCUCCAUCCACCCCCAUGAUCUACACCAGAGACGAGGUGGAGCUGGGAGAGAAGAACAUCCUGGUCUGUCAUGUCUCUGGGUUCUAUCCUGCUCCUGUCAACGUCUCCUGGACCAAGAACGGCCAGAAGGUGACUGAAGGAACCAGCAUCAACGUUCCCUUCCCCAACAAGGACAGCACCUUCACCCAGAUCUCCAGACUGGACUUCAUCCCUCAGCUGGGAGACAUCUACAGCUGCUCUGUGGACCAUCUAGCUCUGACAGAACCACUCACCAGGAUCUGGGAUGUGGAGGUCCACAUGUCCCAGCCCAGUGUUGGACCUGCAGUCUUCUGUGGACUGGGUCUGACCAUCGGACUCCUGGGCGUGGCUGUUGGUACCUUCUUCCUGAUCAAAGGAAACGAGUGCAGCUGAUUGGCUGAUGCUCAUUGGCUGCUGCUGAUUGGCUGAGGGUUACUGGCUGCAGCUGAUUGGCUGAUUGGCUGAUGAUGUCAUGAUGAAUCAGCUCAGGUGUUAAUGAUGUUUUAGAGCCUCUUCAAUAAAACUUUAUCCACAGGU